GGUGCCAUCCUUCAAGACCAACUGAUUGAAAAAGAAAUGCACGAGCAGAAUGAGCAACAGGCGAAAAAAUUUCGAGAUAUCAAAGUUCGCACGGAGCAAAUUCGCAAGGAUUACGAGAAACGACAAAGCCGAGUUGGUGCUUUUGUGCCUCAAACAUAUGGCCAAGCACUUGGACAUCGUUUAAACUGGAAGCGUGUUGCAGUGAUUUCAAUUGUCAUUUGUGCAUGUCUAUGA